AUGUCAGGUCACUCCCUCCAAAAGGUCGUGGAAAUAAAUUUGAAUAAACAAAACAGGUUUGCUGAAAAUAAAACCAGGGCGCCCCAGCUGCUCCAGUCAGCCUGCUUCCACAAGGCCCCACCUGUCAGCCAGUGCAGCACCGUGGCUGGGCGAGAAGCAUCAGGCAUGAACCAGGUGAUUGUGUUCUUGGUAAUGGCCAUGGGAACCCACAGCCUCAAUUUUCGGAUCCGGAAGGACUGCACCCACUGGCCCAGAUGCUGCCCCAGCAAAAGGCAGGACCCCGCUCACGAGUCUCUGAAGGGGAACACUGUGCUCAAGCUCCCCCGAGAGGCCACUAGCCUCACCCACCACCCAGAAUCCUGCAGGGCCAGUGAAGACGGACCCCUCAACAGCAGGUCUAUCUCUCCCUGGAGCUAUGAGUUGGACAGGGACUUGAACCGGCUCCCCCAGGACCUGUACCACGCCCGCUGCCUGUGUUCACACUGUGUCAGCCUACAGACGGGCUCCCACAUGGACCCCCUGGGCAACUCGGAGUUGCUCUACCACAACCAGACCGUCUUCUACCGGCGGCCAUGCCCUGGCAAGCAGGGUGCCCAUGAUGGCUACUGCCUGGAACAGAAGCUCUACCCUGUCUCCUUGGCUUGUGUGUGUGUGCGGCCGCGAGUGAUGGCCUAG